UUGGAGAUUAGUUACUAAGGACAGCGAGUGCGAUAAAAUGCAACUUUAAGGACAGAACAUAUCUUUGGUGCUUCCUAACGGUGAAACCAAUAAUGUCAUACAGCUAUAGACCAUUGGAUUAUUUAACCAGUGCAAAACAGCUGGAUCUAGAGGAGCAAUUGAAGGUCUACCAUGAGGAGCUCGAGAAGAAGGAUGAGGUUAUCAGGACUCUGACCAGACUGAGGAGAACGGAUGAUUCAACAUCAGACGUUAUAAAGAACUCAGGUCUUUCAAAGGUCACAGAAUAUGGAGAUAGACUGACAGCAAAGGAGAGUUCAUCACUGCAACUGAGGGGAGACCUGGCGAGGUACAAGGGCAGUGAUGUUCGACAAGCCUCACUCAUCCCAUCCAUCCAGGAAUUCCCAGCUACUGCAGCUGGAGUGAAACCUCAGGCAAACUUCAGCACCCAGAGCAUACAGAGUGAGAACCAGGCACUGAGAGACAGAAUCUCCGAACUGGAGGAACGGCUCAGGCUUCACUUGCGGGAGAGGGAGCUCUGCGAGCAGAAGGUGGUGAGCCUGGAGCGGCGGCUGGACACAGGCAUCGAGAACCUUGCGCUGAGCCUGAACACGGACCCUGGCGAUCAGAGGGAUCCACUUGAGUUCCUGAUCGGCAAGGUUUCAGAUCUGGUCCAGGAACACCUCCAAUGGGAGACCAGGAUAGCAACGCUGGAGGAAACCCUGACCAAUCAGGAGCUGGAGUUCAGGGCUGGUCGCCAAACCCUGAUGAAGCUGGUCUCUGACGCUGACAAGGCACAGAAGGAAGCAGUCUGUAACAGUCAGGAUGUGAGGGCUAUCAGAAAGGAGAUGGAUGAAGCUUUGCUUCAGAAGAAGGCUGUUGAGCAGGAGAACAAAGCGCUCCGCGAUAGGCUGGCAGACUGCCAGCGAACUCUGGGCACUGCUUUCCAGGCGCAGGCCCUCAAUGAGAAGCGCGUAAGUGACCUGGAUGACUGUCUGCACAGCAGUACCUAUCAAGCUAAAACAGCCGUCCUGCUGCACCAGAGUUUCCUUGAGCAGCUGGCUGCAUUGCUGAGCGAUGGCUUUACCCGCAUUCCUGCCACAGAGGAAGCCAUCAAGAGCAAAGUGAAGGAAAUCUGCAGCAAUCACCAGACCCACGCAGCUAAAGUGAAGGGAUUGGAGGAGCGGGUCAUGAAUGUGAACAGACAGCUGGAACAUCAGAGUGACAUCUACCACCAGGUCCUGGCCCGUGCUCAGAGGGCAGAGGAGAGGUUAACUGAGAGGGAGGAGAUGCUCAGACACCUGCGAGGUCAGCUUGCUGCUAAGGAUUUACUGAAGGAUGCCUGCCAAUUUGAUCGACAGAAGCUCAUAAAGUUCCUCCAGCAGCUGGCAGACAGAAUGAAGCUUGAGCAGGAUCGAUCAGCUGAAGACUGGGACACACAAAGCCAACAGUUGCUGGACAGGGCUCGUCAGCUUGUGGAUGAACACACUGAGGACCAGAAUCUCCUGCAGAAGCUCCAGCGAAAGGUCACAGCCCAGAAGGAGAAGUUGGUAAGCAGCAAACGUCAGACUGAGCUCCUGGCCCUGAAACUGGAGCAGCUCGAAGCGAGGCCCCCUCACGUGGACUCGGCGGCGAACCAAGGGGGAAAGAGCAAGGCACUGUUCAAACUGCAGCAGAAGCUGCAGAGGCUGCAGGAGGAGCUGACAGAAAGCAAGCUGAGGAAUCACAGCCUGAGAAUGGAGUGUGCGGAUAUAACUGCUCUUAAAGCAAAGACCAUGGAACAGAGUCAGACGAUUGAGAGGUUGACUCAAUCCCUGGAGAAAAUGGAGACGAUCAAGGAGAAAGCAGCUCAGAAAGUGGUGAACCUGAGGUCGGAACUGGAUCAGGCAGAGCAUGGGGCCUGGGAGAGGAAGGAGCAGACACAGAGCACACUCACCGCUCUUGGCAACGAACUGCGCUCCACAAGGAGAGCACUGCGCGAGAUCGCACAGAGAGAGAGACAGCUGGUGGAUUUCCGUGAGUUUGUGGCGAGAGCCCUGGGAUUCGACACUAACAGCUUGUCUGUUCCUGAAGAAAGGAUCUAUGCCCGGCUGACGGACGUGGUGCAGACCCAGAGAGGCCACAACCUGAAUGCCUCGCGGUCGGACAGCUUGCUGUGGGGGAGCAACAACAGUAUCGGAGUCCAAUAUGUGGGCUCCCGGCCCACGGACAGCUCGCCCGCUGACUGGGUCCACCGCAGCUCACACCGCGAGAUCCUGCCCAGAAGCUGUAGCCAGGCCCGAUGCUGAAAUUCUCUCCAAUCCGCACCCCACCCCAGUCCCCUGCCCCAGCUUCCCAUUCCCUGAUAGAUGUGCUCACAGAUUUGUGUGUGUCCAUGGGGUAAGGCACACUGCUUGGUAAAUAGAAUCAUACUGUCACACAGCCCAGAAACAGAUCCAUCAAUCCAACUUGUCCCCACUAACCACACAUCCCAAUCUGAGCUGAUCCCAAUUGCCAGCUUUUGGCCCAUAUCCCUCUAAACUCUUCCUGUUCAUGUGCCCAUCCAGGCGCCUUUUAAAAGCUGCAACUAUACCAGCCCCCACCACUUCCUCUGGCAGCUCAUUCCAUACACGCAUCAUCGUCUGCGUGAAAAAAUCACCCCUUAUGCCCCUUUUCAAUCUUUCUCCUCUCACCUUAAACCUGUGCCCUCUCAUUUUGGACUGCCCUACCCUGGGGAAAAGAUCUUGUCUGUUCACCCUAUCCCUGCCCUCAUGAUUUUAUAAACCUCUAUGAGUUCACCCUUCAGGAUUGAAUAUUAACAUGGAAACUGCUGGUGAAAACAUUCCAAGAUUUAGGGCUCUUGUGGCACAGUGGUAGUGUCAAGGAACAAAGAACAAAGAAAAUGACAGCACAGGGACAGGCCCUUCGGCCCUCUAAGCCUGCGCCGAUCCAGAUCCUCUAUUUAGAUCUGUUGCCUAUUUUCCAAGGAUCUGUAUCCCUCUGCUCCCUGCCCAUUCAUGUACCUGUCUAGGUACAUCUUAAAUGAUGCUAUCGUGCCUGCCUCUACCACCUCCGCUGGCAACGCAUUCCAGGCACCCACCACCCUCUGUGUAAAGAACUUUUCAUGCAUAUCUCCCUUAAAAACUUUCCUCCUCUCACUUUGAACUCAUGACCCCUAGUAAUUGAGUCCCCCACUCUGGGGAAAAGCUUUUUACUAUCCACCCUGUCUAUACCCCUCAUGAUUUUGUAGGCCUCAAUCAGGUCCCCCCUCAAUCUCCGUCUUUCUAAUGAAAAUAAUCCCAAUCCACUCAACCUCUCUUCAUAGCUCGCACCCUCCAUACCAGGCAACAUCCUGGUGAACCUCCUCUGCACCCUCUCCAAAGCAUCCACAUCCACCAAUCUUAGUGUCAUCAGCAAAUUUGCUAAUCAAACCAUCUACGCCUUCCUCCAGAUCAUUUAUGUAUAUCACUAACAAAUCCUCCUCGGAUUCAGAGGCCUUGGUUCAAAUCCUACCUGCUCCAGAAUGUGUGUCAUAAUAUCGCAAACAGGUUGAUUAGAAAGUUUCUAAAUGUCCAAGGUCCAUUGAAUUGACCUUCAGUUAUGAUGGUUUUGAGAUCAUAGGGUCUAGAGCCUUUGAGCCUUUCUGUUCAGUAAGGCCAUAGCUGCUCUGAUGUGGCCUCAACUGUGCUUUCACACCUGUGAGUGUGGCAUCACGGAGCCCUGGCAAAACUGGAAUCAAUGGGCAUCAGGGGGCAAACCCUCUGGGGGUUGGAGUUAUACCUGACACAUAGGAAGAUGGUUGUGGUUGUUGAAGAU